UUUGUCGUCGACUGAAUAAUGCGCAUGUGCAGUUUUUCUUGGGGAAACAUUCUAACUACGCGUGCUUAUGCAGCAGGUUCUCGGUCAGAAAGCAUAUGGUCGUACAUACAAAAAAAGCAGAAUAAUAGUAUAGGUUACUCAUUCUUCUGCACUUUGUGUUAUACAUGUUUCUGCAGCGCCACCAAAGCCCAUCGGGUAGUAGUAAAUACGAAAAUCGUAAAUGUCUGUCUCGGACCCGAUUCUCGGUUUUGAAUAGUAUGGUCUUUCAAAAGUAUUCCUCUAGCAAAUAAAUUAACACCCAGCGUGAAGUGGGACUGUGGUUGAAACUUGGAGAAAAGCCAACUCACGUAACAAAAAUAUAGCUUAAGUGCUUCAAGUACAAAUAUAAAGAUAAAUGCUGCUUUAACCAUGGAAAUAUUGAACACUGAAAUUGAACCCAUUACUGAUGAGGAGCAGAAUGCUUUGUUGGAUGUUAACCUGGUUAAGUGUGAAGAAGAUGCUAUAAAAACAUCACGUAGUACAAUUGGGAAAGAUGCUUCCAUGGAAAGAGGAUCUUCACUUUCCAUUUUUGAGUUUGGUGUAAUAAAAGAGGAAGAAGGAGAAAACUGCAUUGAAGUAACAAAGAAGAAUGAGGUAAACACAUUGGUCAAAGUGAAAAAUGAGCCAGCUGGUAGUUUUAAGGAAGAUAAGGUUGUUUCAGAGUUUAGUGAAAGUGAUGACAAUGAUCUGGAUAAUUCAAAAGAUAAUGUUCUGAGUGUGAAAAAAGAAAACGAAUUUCAAGAAGAUAUACAGCAACUUCACUGUGGGUUAGAAGGUACAUCUGAUCCAAAGACCUUCAUGAACAAAUACUGUGGAAAGCAGUUUCUUGGAUACCUUAUUUUAAAUCAAGAAGCUACCUUUAGAAAAACAAAAAUGAGCAAAUCACAGAAACCAAACAACAGUGAUGUUUUUGACAAAACAAUUUCAAAGGGAACUUACCCAAAAGGAUGUCAAACUUCCUGCAAUGGAGUUAAACCAUACACUUGUGUUAUGUGUGAUAAAGAAUUUGGUAAAAAAGGUGUUCUAAAAAAACAUGAGAAGACACAUACUGAGGAGAAGCCAUACAACUGUAUUGUGUGUGGCAAAAACUUUGGAACUAAUAGUCACUUAAAAAUACAUCAGAGAAUACACACUGGGGAGAAACCAUACAGUUGUGUAGUGUGUGGCAAAAAAUUUAGAACAAAUACAAACCGAAAAAUCCAUGAGAGGAUACACACUGGGGAAAAAAGAUACAGCUGUGUAGUGUGUAAAAAAGAAUUCUAUUGUAAAAAUGUCCUAGAAAGACAUCAGAGAAUACACACUGGGGAGAAACCAUAUAAUUGUGUAGUAUGUGGAAAACAAUUUGGAACAAAUAGUAACUUAAAAAUACACAAAAGGAUACACAGUGGGGAAACGCCAUAUCAUUGUGUUGCCUGUGGCAAAGACUUUAGAAGCAGCAGUUCACUAAAAAAACAUGAAAAGAUACAUACUGGUGAAAAACGUUACAGUUGUGUAGUGUGUGGCAAUCAAUUUGGAAGAAAUUGUGAUCUAAAAAUGCAUGAGAGAAUACACACUGGGGAGAAACCAUUUUGCUGUGCUGUAUGUGGAAAAGAAUUUAGAAGUAAUGGUAACCUAAAAAUACAUCAGAAAAUACACACUGGGGAGAAGCCUUACAGUUGUUUUGUUUGUAGAAAAGAAUUUGGAACUAAAAAUAACUUAAAAAUUCACCAAGUAAUUCACACUGGGGAGAAACCUUACAAUUGUGUAGUGUGUAGCAAAAAGUUUGGAAGUAACAGUUCAUUAAAAAAGCACGAGAAGAUACACACUGGUAAAAAACAGUUCUGUUGUAUAGUAUGUGGCAAUCAAUAUGGAAGAAAUAGUGAUCUAAGAAUACAUGAAAGGAUACACACAGGAGAGAAGCCAUACAGUUGUGCAAUGUGUGGAAAAGAAUUUAGAAGCAAUAGUAACCUAAAGUUACAUGAGAGGAUACACACAGGGAUAAAACCAUACAAUUGUGGAGUGUGUGGGAAAAUAUUUGGAACUAGUAAUAACUUAAAAAGACAUGAGAAAAUACAUACUCAUGAAAAACUUUAAAAGUUGGGAUGUUUUUUGGAAAAAGAAAAUUUUUACAACUUCAUUUAUGAAACAGUACUGAAUCAACUACAAUUAAAAUAGACCCUAGUAUUUGUGUAGGGAAACACAUCAUGAUAAUACAACAGUAAAUUAACAAAGAAUGAUUUGUAAGCAUGAUGAUAUUAAUUGUAGAAAAUAUACUACACAUUUUAACAGUAGCUGAACAAGAAGAACUAGGUACUGUCAAAACAUGCAUAUUUUCUACAAUAAAUGUCAUAAUAAUAAGUUUUUUAUUAAUUUAUAGGCCCUACAUUUGUGAAACAUGAAAUAGUUUGGAAUAAUAGUUUUCUGUAAUUAUUAAGAUUGUUUGUGUCAUUAUUUUAGUUCAAUAGAUCUGUAUAGGAAAAAAAAACUGUGUAAAAGGAAUUCCUAGUUAUCCUGUUUCAAUGCAAGAAGCUCUUCUAAACAGAAAACCAACAAGUCUUUGAAUCCAAGAUGGGUUGGUUCAUGUAUUUUGCAAAAUAUUUUUCAAUGAGAAAUUCCCUAAAAAGACAACAUGUACCCUAUGAUAAUAGUUGUAUAACAUAUUACAAAGAAUUUGGAAAUAAAAAUUUCCUACAAAAACAUUGGCGGAUACACCCCGUGCAAACUAGAAAUACUAUGUUUGUGAUGAGAAAAUGUUUACCAAAUUCACAAGUAAAACUAAUUACAGUGAUUUACAAUAUAUAUUUUUAUGUGGUGUUUUUGCAAAGAAUUACCUGCUAAAAGAUACUUGAAAGGAAUAUCAGUGGAUAUAUUACAUGGAGAAACAGUACUAAUGUCACAUAUGUGACAAUGAAUUUACACACUGUUAAAAUGUGAAGAGAUGGCGAAUUAUGCACAGUAGUAAUUUAUAUUUGUGUGGUAUGUGAUAAAGAAUUUGGAAGCAAGAGAUAACUAAAAACACUUGAAAGAAUUUACACUGGAAAAAAAAAUGUGUGUUUGUGGUUGAGAAUUUGUAAGAAAUAUAAUUGAACUUACACUUGUGAAAAUAUGUAGAGUUUAUUUAGACAUCUGGGUAGUAUGUGGAGAAAGACUUGGGAAACAGUGAUGGCCUAAAACAGUAUCAGGGAAUAUGUAUUGCAGAAUGUUUUUGUGACAACUGUGGCCACGAAUUUUCCAGAUAGAUCUUACUUAGAAAAGAAUCAAAGUGUGGAGAUAAAACAUAUAGUUAUGAAACGUUUAACAAAGAACUUAAGGGAGAGAAAAUUAUGAAAUAUUAUUGUAUAGAAUUCACAAUAUAAAAUACCAAUUUUUAAUGGUUGUAACUGUUCAGGAAUAAGACGAAAACCUUGUAUGUUUACCAAAAAUUUUUUCCUUUAUAGUUUAAAUUUUUUUUCAUGAUUUACAAAAAUUGAUUUCUUAUUGGAUGUAAUAUUACAUCAUAAUAAGACAGAUGAUAAUUUAAGUAACAUUAUCCUUUACUGAACUUGUAUAGCUUUGAAAUAAGAAGAGAGUAUAAUCAAACCUUUCCUGUUGUUAUGACUGAUGAGGUCAUCAAAUUAAUUGUAUUACAAGGUAUAGAGUAUUACGAUAUUGUGAAAUGCUUUUUAUAUCGGUCAUUUAUGGGACAUCAAGUCUAAUGAUUCAACUUACAUUUUUAAUUAUAAUAGGGUAGUUGUGUUUGAAAGUUGAGGUUUACAUAAUAAAGCACUUUUUUGAGUUAGUUUUCCUAGACUUUUAGCAAUCUGCUAACUGUUUGUGAACCUAGUACAAUACAGGAUGUAAAAUGUUGGAGCAUUCACGGUUACAUAUGUGAUGUAAGCUAGCUUUUAAGACUUUAUGCUAGUAGAAUUAUGAUGCUACAUAUUAUGAAUAGAAGUAUUUCUUUUCUUACUUACAUUCUUGGUAAGAAUAUACCUGAAAUCUGUGUUGUUAUAAGCUGAACAUAAUAUAACAUUAAUGAAAGAACAUAAAAACUAAGUAUAUUUAAGAUACUAAACUAUCUUGUGUGAUUUUCUAAUUUGACAGUUUUAACAGCUGAGAUGCUAAUAUGAAAAUGUAGUACUUUGUAUAUGUUAAAGUUCCAAGUAGUACAAGUCAUUUCUCAGCAUACUCAGGAAUAUUUUGACUUAACCUGGGCAUAAACACCAUUGUGACCCAUCAUAAUAUAGCAAGACUUCAAUACAGUUUAAAACAUUUCAUGUAUAUGUAGUAAAGGUACAAGCCAUCCAUCAUCCACAUUCAUGUUGGCAAGAUUCAUAUUGUGAUGUGUUUGCCAUCAAACACGUAAUUAAUGCAAACUUCUGGGCUUUUAUGGGCCCCCACACCUUUACUUCAUCAGUCCUGACAUGAAAUAAAUUGGAAUCUAAUUUUUGUGGCAAGAUCUUUGAGACAGAACUCUGUCAAAGGACUUGCAGUAAUAUAUAUAUAUAUAAUCAACUGCAUGCAUAUGACAGAGUUCUGUCUCAAUUUUAUAUUUCCAGUUUGAAUGCUGUUCAAAGAUUGUUAUUUGAGCAAACUGUCUAUUCUA